AAUAMUUCAAUUUGUUGGCGAGAAAUGAGCUUSUUGAACGAGARACGUUUYUUGCCAACACUAUCAAAGUUUAUUGUUGUAACAAGGAGCUGAUCSGGAACUGGCUGAUCCAUUGGAURAGUGUAGGAGUCAGAUUGAAUAAUGGGGAAAAAGGGGAAGCUUGUUUUCAAAGGCGAUAAGCCUAAGAAGAAAUCCAAGAAGUCAAAGAUUACCAAAGGUGAACACGCGAAAMCGAUAGGAGCCGGGGCAGCAGAAACAAUAAUAGACACAGAAGCGACUGCAAACUAUCAGCGAAAGAACGUUGCUCCUUCGAUCCGAAACAAUACCUCUGCAUCGGCAGUGCCUAGCAUCGAAAAUGGAACGGGUCACAUUACGACAUCGGGAACCGUUGUAUCCGGACACGACACAAAAUUCGAAAAAGAAAUCCACGUCGGCGACGCCAUACUCGUAACAAUAUCUCUCCCCGACAAUACGACAGCGGAAGAAAUGCGGAUCGUAACAAUGCGCCUGUCGAACGUCUCGUUGAACCUAUCCAGUGCGUUUUCACAAAAUCUGAGCGAGCCGCAGUCCUUUCGGUUCGUCCGCAAGCCAAAAAAUCUGGAACAAGAACGAAGGAAGGAGCGACAAAAGCAACUSGAAGAAGCGAACGAAAUCGAAAAAAGCGCCUUUGACAUUUACGGCAAAGACAAUCGAGGGGGUGGCGAGAACACUGUGUUUACUUUUCGGGAGAAGACAGAAACAGGGUCGUACCGGGUCAAACAGCAGCACGUUUCUUCCUCUGGGUCGAUUACCCGUGCGGACCUGUUGGAUUUGCGUUCGAAAAAGACUAGUGACAAGUAUUGCUAAGGAAACAAAUCAAGUAAUUAUUCUCUCUCAAGGGUUAUUGUUGUUGACCGGCAUGUAGAGUAUGUCAGAGAUGAGUGAAAUGAAAAAAAUAAGUAGCAGUAAAAGCAACAAGAAUUA